AUGGACAAUGCGUUCAAGCCCAGCUCAGCAGAACACCAGCUUUUUGCCAGGCCGCGUUCGCCGUUGGAGUUUGCCACAAUAUCCCAUGAACGCCGAUUGCUUCCUGCUGAUGACGACUAUGAAGCCUGGUACACACACGAUGCACGGGCCAACAGGUCGAUCAAUGACGAUGUCUCAACUACGAAGGAUGGGGUCAAGGCCAGAGGUAAUAACUUGGACCUCGGCCUUGUGGGCGCCAGAUAUGCUGGUAUCAAGCAAGAAGAGGUUGACGUUCAUUCCGCCACCAUUGCCACACACACGCCGCAUAUCCACUUUGUGCCGGACCCCUUUGCCUUAUCUGGUCCUCCGACGGUGCACCUACCCAAGAACAAAACCAUGGUCGCAACCACCGCUUCCAAGGCCGCUCCCGAAAAGUGGGAUGAUGGCACCACCGACUAUGUCCCUGCUCGCAAGGCUCCCGUGGCCGACAACAAGAAGCCUCACGUCACCACACAGCCCAUUACCUGGAGUAACUGGUGGCAGCAUGUCAACUGGCUCAACAUCACAUUGAUCGUCUUCGUUCCCAUAAUUGGCCUGAUUGGUUCAUAUUGGGUUCCUCUCCACCUCAAGACGGCCAUUUUCGCCGUCGUCUAUUACUUCCAUACAGGUCUGGGCAUCACUGCAGGAUACCAUCGUCUCUGGGCCCAUCGCUCGUACGCUGCCUCGCUUCCCCUACGUAUCUAUCUCGCUGCUGUUGGCGCCGGCGCCGUGGAGGGCUCUAUUCGCUGGUGGGCUCGUGGCCAUCGUGCCCAUCACCGCUACACCGACACCGACAAGGACCCCUACUCCGUCCGCAAGGGCCUCCUCUAUAGCCACAUCGGAUGGAUGGUCAUGAAGCAGGAUCCCAAACGUGUUGGUCGGGCCGAUAUCACCGAUCUCAACGAGGAUCCCGUCGUCAUGUGGCAGCAUAUCCACUACCUGAAGUGCGUCAUCGGCAUGGGCCUUGUUUUCCCUACCGUCUUCUGCGGCCUCCUCUGGGGUGACUGGCUCGGCGGCUACGUCUACGGCGGCAUCCUCCGCAUCUUCUUCGUCCAGCAGGCCACCUUCUGCGUCAACUCGCUCGCCCACUGGCUCGGCGACCAGCCUUUCGACGACCGCAACUCGCCCCGCGACCACGUCGUCACCGCGCUCGUCACUCUCGGCGAGGGCUACCACAACUUCCACCACGAGUUCCCCUCGGACUACCGCAACGCCAUCGAAUGGUACCAGUACGACCCCACCAAGUGGGCCAUCUGGUGCUGGAAGAAGCUCGGCCUCGCCUCCAACCUCAAGCAGUUCCGUUCCAACGAGAUCGAGAAGGGCCGUGUCCAGCAGCUCCAGAAGAGGAUCGACCAGAAGCGCGCCACCCUCGACUGGGGCGUGCCCCUCGAGCAGCUCCCCGUCGUCGCCUGGGACGACUUCGUUGCCCAGGCCAAGGACGGAAAGGCCCUCGUCGCCAUCGCCGGCGUGAUCCACGACGUGACCGACUUCAUCAAGGAGCACCCCGGCGGCAAGGCCCUCAUCAGCUCGGGCAUCGGCAAGGACGCCACCGGCAUCUUCAACGGCGGUGUCUAUAACCACAGCAACGCGGCCCAUAACCUCCUUUCUACCAUGCGUGUUGGCGUCCUCCGUGGCGGUUGCGAGGUGGAGAUCUGGAAGCGGACUCAGUUCGAGAACAAGGACAUGACCCCCGUGACCGAUUCGGCUGGCCAGCGGAUCUUCCGUGCCGGUGAUCAGGUCACCCGGCUCGCCCAGCCCAUCAAGGGUGCUGAUGCUGCAUGAAGCACGAUGAGAUGAUGACGACGAUGAAUAGAGAGGGGGGGACAGUUAUGUCUAGAGGACAUUUCGCAACUUACAUCACUGCACAUCACCACUGUUGGGAAAAAGUGGUGUCGUGUGUACCAUUCACGUUAAUGACCUUUCCCCCAUCCCCCUCCGAUCACUGGAGUUACUCCACCGCAAAAAGAUUCGAGAGGUGACAGCAAAACAGAUGCUGUCGUCAUCGAACCGCAAUGGACUGCCGCAUGCAGAGACGUCCAAAGUUCGAAGGUUUCCUUGGCUGUUUCGGUUGGUUUGGUGGUGGGAACUACUUUUUACGAACGAGAACUUAGAUUUGUAUCUGGCUGGCUGGCGUUGUGGUUUCAAGUACGCAGGAAGGCGAUGGAUGGUUGCUUUUUCAUUUAUUUUAUCCUCCCAUUUGGCCUGAAUUUAGAAGAAAAAAAAUUCAGGCGUCUCCUUGUUGAAGAAAAU